CGGCACCUGAAAUUAAACGACAACCAUCAUGCAUCAAGCCGCUCCUUCUCCAUUCUACUCUUAGAAUAACAAUAGGGUGGUUUUGGGUGAGUUUUGUUCCUCAGCCAAAGAAGCUGUCGAACAUACAUAUUCUGCUUCCCAUGGGACACGGACAUGGGCACAGGUGUCCUUCCCUGCUCCCUCCCAUCGAUUCCCUCCGCUGCAUCAACGUUAGAGCCUUUGAGCGCAUCACUGAAUGCAGCUGGGGGUAUUACACAAGGCCUGGCCGCCUGGGUCUGCAUGGUGCAGGUGAGAUGGGGAAUGAUGGUCAUCAUCAUCAUUGGGGGGAUGAGAGACCUGAGAUGUUUGGACGGCGACGCCCCCUCGGUCUCAUCAUCAUCGCCCUCUUGCUCCUCGUUACUUCCAUUGUGUUCGAGCACCACGAUGUGUUGGUUAGAGUAACGAAUAUUCACCUCCCGUUCCCGCUCCCUCUAUUCCAGCGCUCCCGACUCCAUACAUCGUUCUCAGUCCCAGGAAGAGGACAAGUGCAAGUAUCAUGGGAGAGAAUACUGAGGAACCCAUACACUCUUCCUCCGAUUCUGUUUUGUGUGACGAUUUUGGGGGGUUGAGAUGGUUUUGAAUGUGUGAACACUUGUUCUUGUUUUUGUUCGACGACGGCUUUUGUCGCUCGACUUCAUUCAUUCUUGCCAUGACCUUUCUCAUUCGCAACACUCCUUACCCACGACCUACCUUCAAAUAAUCUUACUCGAUGACUUGACCUACGCUAACUCUCCACGCAGCACACACCACACACC